AUGGUACGCAAUGUUUUCCAGACUGAAGCCAGUCCAGAGCCCUCUGUUGCCUUGAGGAGAAACAAGAGAGAAUGGAUCGUUCCCCCACAAGUUCUUGAGGAAAAUGUGGAUUACACCAAAAGAGAAUAUAUCGCUCGGAUUCGCUCUGAUAAGGAGGACGAGGCCCUUCGCAAUGUGAGGUACUCUCUGAAGGGGGUUGGUGCUGACCAAGAACCUUUUAACCUGUUUGUGGUAAACCCUGACACUGGUUACGUCCGUGUCACAGGGAUGCUGGACCGAGAAGCCAUCGCCCAGUACAACCUUUCAGGAGUUGCUACAUUCACUGAUGGAAGAAUAGCAGAGAAUGAUAUUGAGCUGCGUAUCAAAGUCAAGGACCAGAAUGACAACCCACCUGUCUUUGACGUCAUCUCCCCGGGUUCUGUCUAUGAACUCAGUCCGUCCAACACCCCAGUCAUGAUGAUUCGAGCGACAGACAGAGACGAGCCAGGAACGCCUCAUAGUAAGAUCCGAUAUGAGAUUAUCGAGCAGAGGCCUGCAGGAAAAAUGAUGUUUACAGUCACUCCAAAUGGAGAGGUCCGAGUUAAGGAGGGCACUCUGGACAGAGAGACACAAGACACCUACACGCUGAUUGUGAGGGGGACUGAUCUGGAUGGGGCAGUGGGAGGUAACACAGGCACAGGGACCGUCAUGAUCAACAUCCUCGAUGUUAACGACAACGUUCCAACUCUGGAGCAAGAAACUUUUGAGGGCAGUAUUGAGGAGAAUACAAAUAAUGUUGAGGUGAUGAGAUUGAAAGCUUCAGAUCUCGAUGUCAUGAACACGGACAACUGGACUGCCAAGUUUGACAUAGUCUCAGGCAAUGAGGCUGGAUACUUCAGCAUUAAAACUGACCCUGAUACCAACGAGGGAAUCCUUAUGCUAAACAAGGCUGUGGAUUAUGAGGAUGUCAAAGACCUGAACCUUGGGAUUGCAGUAGGCAACAUGGCCCCUUUCCAUCCCUCUGUUUCAUCAGGGGUGUCGGAAAUCAUUAUUAAACCAGGAGGAGCUUCAGCAGGAGGUGGAGGUGGAGGUGGAGGCGGAGGUGGAGGUGGGGGAGGCAGCGGAGGAGGCAGUGGAGGAGGCAGCGGAGGAGGCAGCGGAGGAGGAACUGGAGCAGGAACUGGAGGAGGAAGUGGAAGUGGUAAAGUCUACAACGUCAACAUCAAGGUAAAAGACCAACCCGAAGGCCCACGAUUUAACCCGGAGGUAAAAGCUGUGCCCAUAUCAGAAGACGGCAACACAGUCAGUAUCAAUAAAGUCAUCGCUAAGUACCCGGCCAUUGAUGGGGAUACCCUCCUUCCAGCAGAAAACGUCAGAUAUGCCAAAAUAAAAGACCCAGAUAACUGGAUAACCAUCGACGAGGAGACAGCAGAAAUAAAACUCAACAAGCUGCCAGACAGAGAGUCCAAAUUCCUCAAGAACGGAACAUACUACGCUGAGGUCAUUUGCAUGACCCAAGACCUGCCCUCCAAGACAGCAACAGGCACCAUCGCCAUCCAGGUGGAGGACUUUAAUGAUCAUUGUCCUGAGCUGAAAAGUAAAACCCAGACCAUGUGCACUGAUCAGAACUUUGUCUACGUCACUGCGGUGGACAACGACGCUUUCCCCAACGGAGCUCCUUUCACUUUCGCCGUCGUCAAAGAGGCCUCCACCGGCGAGUGGAAGGUUGAGCGUCUCAACGACACAACAGUCAUUCUGAAGUCUGCUGAGGAGAUGUGGCCAGGACAGUACAAGGUGACCUUGGAUGUCCGUGACCAGCAGGACAAGGCGUGCCCAGACCUUCAGGUGCUGGACAUAAAAGUAUGCACCUGUUCAGAGGAGCAGGUCUGUGGGAACCGCGGAGCUGAGUCCACAGGAGCAGAAUUAGGCCCAGCUGGCAUCGGACUGAUCUUCCUGGGUCUCCUCCUGCUGCUUCUUCUACUUCUCCUGGCACUCUUCUGUCAGUGUGGGGGCGCUAGUGGCAUGGGAGCCUUCAGCGAUAUUCCCUUUGAAACGAAAGAACAUCUGAUCUCUUACCAUACGGAGGGCAUUGGGGAAGACCGGGAAGUGCCCAUCAUGGAGCCGGAUCAUGGCAAGUGGGGCAUCGGUGGGUCGUCUUGGGUAGGAGCAGCUGACGUUAAAACAUCAAAUGUUGGUGUCACGUCGUCUGCGAUGAACGCUAUGGAUAUGGAUGUCUGGAAUUACGGUGUCGGUGGUGGCGGAGCUGUUAUGGCUGCUGGUGCUGCUACUGUUGCUGCCAGUGCUGCCAGUGCAGGGAUGGGAGGUGGUUCCUAUCACAGGGUUGAAAGUUCCUAUGAUGAAAUGGCCCUCUCCACAGCAUUUCUAGAGGAAUACUACUCAAAGAAGGUGGACUCAGCAGUAGAAGAUAGCCUGGCUAAAGACAGUCAGCUGGUGUAUGAGUUUGAAGGUCAAGGUUCUCCCGUUGGCUCUAUUGGCUGCUGCAGUCUCCUCGACAUACAGGAGGACUUCCGGUUCCUUGACAAUCUGGGGCCCAAGUUUGUCACCCUGGCUGAGAUAUGCGGUGGAUCUGAAAUCCACACUGAGGUCUCUGCCCUCCCACCACCGAAGCCCAACCCUGUCCCCGCCGCCGCCACGGUCUCUGUGGAAAACAUCAUGAACACUGUCAACAGCGUACGCAGCACCUCGAUGGAGACACGCCCGAACACGGUAGUCACAGACAACGUGGUCGUGGAAAACAACCGGUCAACCCUGCACAAAGAAAACAACCUGUCAACCCUGCACAGAGAAAACAACCUGUCAACCCUGCACAAAGUGAAUGGCGGCCAGACGCUCGUUCUCCAGCAGCAGCAGCCUCUGUACUACAUGGUGGAGCAGCAGGUGCCCAGCGCUGUCCUGGUGGCGGAGAGGCCUCCGGUUACCCUGGGGCAGAGCAUGUACGUGGUGGGUGGAGCUCCAGUACAGGGCCUUAACACAGGUCUCAUCCAAACAGCAAAUCUCUCCGGCUCUCAGAUAAUGCUCGUGGAGGGUGCGGCCCCGGCGGGACAGGUUCUCCAGGGAACGAUUCAGAGGGGAGGCCUAAGUGGAUCUCAGGGACUAGUUUUACUGGAGGAUCAGGGCAGUCAGGUCCUGCAGGGGGCUCAGAUCAUACAUGGCACCCUCCCCAGGACCAUCGUUUCAGGCGGGGGGGCUCAGAAUGUUCUGGUAGUGGAAAGUCAGGGCGGGGUCAUCGCAGAGUCACAGAAUGGCAUUAUGGGAAUGAGCGGAUCCACCCAGAAAGUUAGCAAAAGUCCAUCCUCACAAAAGGUCGUCGUCCAGGAGAGAAAAGUUGUUACGAGCCAAAGCCAAUCUACCACUCAGUGA